GCCAAGGCUGCCGAUUCAUCGCCUCAGUAGCUUUGUGUUCGUCGGAAGGAGCGCCCGACAGCGAAGAAAGAAAAUAGUGUUUUAAUAAACAAAUAAAAUCAACUGGCAAUAUGAGAGAAAUUGUACAUGUCCAGGCUGGACAGUGUGGAAACCAAAUUGGAGCCAAGUUUUGGGAAGUUAUUUCCGACGAACACGGAGUCGAUCCAACCGGAAGUUACCACGGUGACUCGGAUCUGCAAUUAGAACGGAUCAACGUCUAUUUUAACGAAGCUUCCGAGCGUAAGGUAUCGGACACCGUUGUGGAGCCAUAUAAUGCCACCCUCUCAGUUCACCAGCUCGUUGAGAACACGGAUGAGACCUACUGCAUCGACAACGAGGCUCUGUACGACAUCUGCUUCCGGACACUUAAACUGACCACCCCGACUUACGGGGACUUGAACCAUCUUGUCUCUGCCACCAUGUCCGGUAUCACCACCUCGCUGCGAUUUCCCGGUCAGCUGAACGCCGAUCUUCGUAAACUUGCCGUCAACAUGGUUCCAUUCCCCCGUCUGCAUUUCUUCAUGCCCGGUUUCGCUCCUCUUACAUCCCGUGGUAGCCAGCAGUACCGGGCUCUCACGGUCCCUGAGCUCACACAGCAGAUGUUCGACUCCAAGAACAUGAUGGCUGCCUGCGAUCCACGUCACGGCAGGUACCUCACCGUUGCGGCCAUGUUCCGUGGCAGAAUGUCUAUGAAGGAAGUCGACGAACAGAUGUUGAACGUCCAGAACAAGAACAGCAGCUACUUCGUCGAAUGGAUCCCCAACAACGUGAAGACCGCUGUCUGCGACAUCCCGCCACGUGGUCUCAAGAUGUCCGCCACCUUCAUUGGUAACAGCACCGCCAUUCAGGAAUUGUUUAAGCGCAUCUCCGAGCAGUUCACAGCUAUGUUCAGACGAAAAGCUUUCCUCCAUUGGUACACCGGCGAGGGCAUGGACGAGAUGGAGUUUACUGAAGCCGAGUCGAACAUGAACGACUUGGUGUCCGAGUAUCAGCAGUACCAGGACGCCACCGCCGAGGAGGAGGGCGAGGUGGACGAAGGAGAGGAUGCGGAGGAACCCGAGGCGAAUUGAACUACUUCGGCAUGUUCCGUCAAACGUCGGGAGGCUUCGGCCGUGGACGACGUCCCAAUGUAGCAAAGCUCUCGUAAAUUGGAAAAAAUGAAGACAAUAAACCAAAAAUACAGUUAUCGUAAACUUAUGUGCAGUUGCGUACAUGUGUUCAAAAUUAGUUUAGAUGUAUUUGUUAAAAUGAUCUUUUAUUACAUUCUUAACUGCUAAGCUUAUUUUGUUUUCUAUGUUGCAUUUUUUGUAUUUCGGCAAAUUUUAUUUGCUCUUGUGAUAUUUUGGACCAUUUGUACAGUGUGUUACGGGCCGUAUUCUACAUAAUAAACGUGUGCUACUGC